AUGUAUACAUAUGAUAGAUUUAUUCCAAAUAAUACAAAUGGCCAGCAAUUCCUGCACAGAAAUAUCAGGACUGGAAAGGACCUGAAUAGUCCUGAACAAGAAUAUCAAAAGGAAUUGGCAUGUGCAUAUGGAUUGGCAAUUGAUAAGAAUAUAUUGGAAUUUAAGGUUGAACAUCAUCAACCUAAUAACCAUUAUCAAAAAAUUGAUCAAUUAAACCAAAUUUACAAUUGUCAACCAGAGUCAUCAUGUAUCAAAAAACGCAUAAUACCAACAAGCCCUGAAUAUACACUUGAUGUACUAGGAGUGAUUGAUGACUAUUACUUAAAUAUAUUGGAUUGGAGUAACCAAAAUAUAGUGGCAGUUGGAAUAGAUAAAAGAGUUUAUUUGUGGGAUAUAAUAACUGAUGAGUUGUCAGCAAUUACUAUAAUUAGAAGUGGUACUAAUACUAUUUCAAGUCUUUCAUGGUCUGAAGAUGGUGAUCAUCUUGCUGUGGGAUUGAAUGAUGGCAAUAUUGAAAUAUGGAAUAUUUGGAGUGUUCAAAAGAUUAGAUCAAUGAAUGGUCAUACUACUCGUGUAGGUGUUAUGACAUGGAAUAAACAUAUUAUUGCUUCAGGAUGUAGGGAUGGUAGUAUUUGGAAACAUGAUAUUAGACUUGCACAACAUAAAUUUGGAGAAAUGCACAAUCAUAAUAGAGAAGUUUGUGGUUUGAAAUGGAGAAGUGAUGGUGAACAAUUGGCUAGUGGAGGUGAUGACUGUAAAGUUAAUAUUUGGGAUGCAAAAUCAAGCAUUCCAAAGUUUACUAAAACUGACCAUAAAGCUGCUUUUUUUUCAAUAAAUCAAUUAUUAAUGAUGAAAUAG